AUGACGACUGGCGCUGCUCUCAAUGGCGUCAAUGGCGGCAAGAAGAGCACCUUCCUCUUCACGUCCGAGUCCGUCGGCGAGGUCAUCCUGACAAGAUUGCGUACCGAUCAGGUAUCCGAUGCCGUCCUCGAUGCCUGCCUUCAGAUUGACCCCAAGUCGCGCGUCGCUUGCGAGACCGCCACCAAGACCGGUAUGAUCAUGAUCUUCGGCGAAAUCACUUGCCCGGGCAAAAUCGACUACCAGAAGGUCGUCCGUGACGCUAUUAAAGACAUCGGCUAUGACGAUUCCGCGAAAGGCUUCGACUACAAGACCUGCAACUUGCUCGUUGCUAUCGAGGAGCAGUCGCCAGAUAUUGCUCAGGGUCUGCACUACGAGAAGUCUGACGAGGAGCUCGGCGCUGGUGACCAGGGAAUAAUGUUCGGCUAUGCCACAGACGAGACACCAGAGUAUCUGCCCUUGACCAUUCUCCUCGCUCACAAGCUCAACUCUGCUAUGACCGAUGCUCGCAAGUCCGGCGCUGUUGUUCCUCUGCGCGUCGACACUGUCGUGGUUUCUGCCCAGCACUCCGACGACAUCUCAACCGAGUCUCUACGCAAGGAGAUCAAGGAAAAGAUCAUCAAGAAGGUCAUCCCAGAGAAGUACUUGGACGAGAAGACCAUCUACCACAUCCAGCCUUCCGGCCGCUUCGUCAUUGGUGGUCCCCAAGGUGAUGCAGGUCUCACUGGCCGCAAGAUCAUCGUCGACACCUACGGCGGCUGGGGCGCUCACGGUGGUGGUGCAUUCUCCGGCAAGGACUACAACAAGGUCGAUCGCUCGGCCGCCUACCUCGCUCGGUGGAUCGCCAAAUCUCUGGUACACGCCAAGCUCGCCCGACGCGCACUCGUCCAGCUGUCCUACGCUAUCGGCGUCGCUGAGCCUCUUUCUCUGUUCGUCGAGACCUACGGCACGUCCGAUAAGUCGUCCGAGGAGCUCGUCGAGAUCAUCAAGCAGAACUUCGACAUGCGACCUGGUGUCAUUGUCCGCGAGCUUGGUCUAGACAAGCCUAUCUACCGACAGACGGCCAAGAACGGCCACUUCACCAACCAGUCGUUCAGCUGGGAGCAGCCGAAGCAGCUGAAGGCAUAG